AUGAACGGGGCUGAGAUGGACACGCUGCAUCAUCAGCAGAACUCCAAACAUAAUCGGUCGCGGCAGAGAAGGGCCAAAACAAUAGAUGCAACCGUACCUAGGCCACUAUCCAAGCUAUCUGAUGAUGCGCUUAAACAUGAUGCCGCGAAGCUUUCUAGCAUCCUUGAGCUCAACCGGGAAGACUGUCGACAGUUGGAGCGGGCCGCUUUCCUCGCUCGUGAUGCCUGGGUAUGGGACCGCAUAGCUCACGAUGAUCCCGAGUUUGUGCGCAGAAAGAUGCCUGGUGGGGUCUCUCUCUCUGAAAGGGAAAAAACGGCCUUGCGGGAGGAGCAGGACAAGCUUUACUCCGAGAAAGGCAUAUUUAUGGUGACCAUAGCUGUUGUCUGCGCCGCAUUUCUGCAAGGGUUCGUGCAAUCCUCGAUCAACGGGAGUUCCCUUUACGCCGCAAGACUGGGUAUAAGAGAGGAGGACAAAUCGACGUCUGAUGUUCAGGGUUCUAAAGUGGAUCCGCAAUGGAAGCUUGGAGCUACGAACUCAAUGCCGUUCUUCUCUGCCGCUCUGUUGGGAUGCUGGCUAUCUAUCCCCAUCAAUGACCGCUUGGGCCGGCGUGGAGCGAUGAUGUGUUCCGCCGUUCUUGUUGGCAUUACUUCACUUCUCGCCGGCCUGAUCCCUGUCAUGAUGCCUGACGAUGUAGAAGGACGGUGGCAAGUCUUACUGGGAGUGAGAAUUGUGAACGGAAUAGGGAUGGGAAUCAAAGCCGUGAGCACACCUAUUUUAGCGUCCGAAACAGCGAUUCGCUUCUGGCGUGGGUCUUUCGUGCUUGCUUGGCAGCUGUGGGUGGCCUGUGGGAUUAUGCUCGGGUUCGUUUUUAACCUCAUUUUCACUCGUUGUAGAGACGAUACUCAAACGGUAGCUUUGAUACUUGGUGCUCCAGUAGUACCUGCGGCUGUUUUGUUCUUCGCCUUGUGGUCUUGCCCAGAAAGCCCUAGAUAUUACCUUCGACAAGAGAAAUCCAAUCCCAAGCGGGCUUUCGGGGAGCUUCUCAGGCUACGCUCGAAAUGUGAGCUCCUAGCCUUCAAAGACAUGUAUCUUCUUCACAAGUCGAUAGAGGAAGAAUACAUGUUUCUCCGAUCUGUUGGGACCGGCACUGAAACACCCCCCAGCUUUCUCUCUAAGUUCAGGCAGCUUUUCACGGUUCGUCGGCUUCGAAACGCUCUCAGUAGUAGUUCAACUGUGGCUUUGGCUCAGCAAUUAUGUGGGAUUAACGUUUCUGCUUUUUACUCUGGGACGCUUUUCAUCUCACUGCUCAAUGACAAUAGAAAGCCUGGAGAGAAUCCCAAUAACCCGAACGAGAUCAACAGCCAACGUGAUACCAUACACGCUAUGGCUUUGAGUCUCGGAUUCGGACCAAUCCCCUUCACGCUAGCAUCCGAAAGCUUUCCACUGUCGCACCGAGAAAUCGGUUGUGCAUUUGCCAUUGCGGUUAAUCUUCUGUUUGCGGGGCUUCUAUCCAUCCUCUUUCCCGUAAUCAACAACGACCUCAAGCCCUAUGGAAUGCUCGCUCUAUUCUGCGGCCUGACAUUUGUGGCUCUGGUCAUGGUCUAUCUCCUCGUGGAGGAGACCAAAGAGCUAUCCCUCGAACAAUUACACGAAGUCUUCGACUCGGAUAAGAAGCAGUUCGCCAAGGUUAACGCCCGCCGUGCAUGGUGGUGGAUCAGGCGUUUCACGUGGCCUGACCCUCACCACCCAAAACCACCAGUGUACCAAAGGGAGCUAGAUGUGGCUAUGUCGUGGCCACCGGAGGAAGUUGUGGCCGAACCGGACCAUGACCUAGAUCUUGGUGGAAGACCAAGUUCUCCAGGACAGUCGAGCAUCGGCACCCUACCUUCGGAUCAUCCCGGGAACUGA